AUGUCAAUCGUGCGAAGCCAGCCAACACCGGCAGCCUGCGCCGCCGUCUACCAGGCAGCGCGCUUGCUCCGACUGUGGGACCGGGCCCGUGAAUCCCUCCAACUGUGGGACGCCUUGCCCACCUUCGAAAGCAGCGAAGAAGCCCGCCGGAACGCGAACGCUGGCGCCUCGGACGCGACGUUUGAUGUAGCUGCGGUGUAUCCGCCCAUCGAGAUUACUGCCGAUACAAUCUCCUCGGCGUUGAGACCGCAGGCGUAUCCCACAGAUUCCAGGAUGACACGGUCUAUUUCCACGGAUUCCAGGGGUCAUCUUGAUGCUGAUGAUGGGGAUCUGGCCGAGGACGUACCCGUGGACAUCUACGGGUGUAUCUUGCUCUUCUGCAAAGGCGAUACCGAGAUGGGAGAAGUGGUGGACGAACGACGCCCGACGGGCGAUGCCACAUCUCCGGCGCGGGAACAGGCAGACGAAUUGCAGCUCGAAAACACGCGUCUAGCUGCAGAACUCUUCGCAAAGGCGGCAGAUGGUGCCGCAUUGAUCGGCAAUGGUCUAAUGGAAGUGCGAGCGUCUUGCGCGUGCGCACGGCUGUUGUGGGAAACAUUGGAUCAGGGUCCAGACGCGCGUCGAAGGCUUCGUCAGAUUUUUGACAAGUUCGACACGCUGUGCUCUCUCCCGAAUUUCUUCACGCCAUUACGUCUUGCUGGCCUCACCGCCGCUAUGCGCCUGAACAGCGAUAUGGGGGGGUGCUACGAGGAUGGAGAUACAAGUGACAACGAUGAGUAUGGAUUCGGCGCUAUGCACGCUGAGGACAGUGACGACAGCAGCGAGGACAGUGACGAAAGCGAAAGCGACGAUAGUGGGCAGCAGAAGGACACGAUCACUGUUGGAGAAGCACACGAGAAGAAGGAUGGGGAAACAGUGGAGGAGCGCGGGGGGGAGGAGGAGGAGGACGAGGAGGAUGAAGAGGAUGAGGAAGAUGAGGAGGAUGAGCAUGAUUUGGGAAGGACAAAGAGCGACAGGGCGGAAGGACCUGGCGGAGAGACGGACAAUGAAUCAGCAGCAGCAGCAUUAGCGCACAGGCAGAAUCAGCCCAUUGCCUCGCCACAACCAGCUUCGUUCACGCGCUCGAGCUUGAAAGGCACAACCUUGCUAAACCAGUCUGUGAAAAAAAAACAGGGUCGCAACCGGCAUUAUGUUAGGUUUAGGCAAUUGCCCGAAGAGGAUAGUGGCGAUGACCUGGGAGAGCAAGAAGAUGUUAACAAGGGAGACAUCAGUGAAGCAGAGUCCAGCCGGGAGAAAGAAGCCAAGGAGCCUGCACAAGCAGGGCCCCCCCCACUGGCAGAAGAAGUCGUGUCCAACGAUGAGCCAACAGCUGAUUCUCUUGGUACUGGACAUGUAGGUGAAGAAGAGGGGGCACGCGGGCCACUGGCUCGGGCUAACACUAAAAGACGGACUUCCGGCCCUAUUGACGUGGCUACUCUUAUUUUGCCCCACAGGCCGAAAGCCAAGCGAGAAUCAUCUUGCGCGCCACAUAGAGGUGGGGCACAUAGGAAGCUAUCGCCGGUAUCGAGCGAACGAGGCGACACCAUGGAUGAAGGCGGAUAG